AGUAUAUUUCGCCACGUCUUUGAUUUUGGUGUUAGUUGAUUCUGAGGUGGGCUAAGCUUCCUCAUGCGUCAGUUCCUGUGUUGCUUGCUUCGUACACGGCUAAUUUCUGUCACCGCGUCUCAUAUCCAAUUCUUUUUAACGUUGCGUAUGUGUUGCUUUCCGAGCCAAUAUACAUAAUUCUGACUGUGUAGUGUGCGCUGACAGCUUGCAUAAGAAAGUGUUUUGUUUUAUUCAAGAUGGUAUUUUACUUCACGAGCGCAGUCGUCAGUCCACCAUACACAAUCUACAUGGGAAAAGACAAAUACGAAAAUGAAGACCUCAUAAAAUAUGGAUGGCCAGAAGAUAUAUGGUUUCACGUUGACAAGCUGUCAUCUGCUCAUGUGUAUCUCCGGAUGCCCAAGGGCACAACCAUUGAUGAUAUACCAAAAGAGGUUUUGGUAGACUGUGCACAGCUGGUGAAAAAUAACAGCAUUCAAGGCUGCAAGAUGAACAACAUUAACGUGGUGUACACUCCAUGGGCGAACCUCAAGAAGACCGGAGACAUGGAUGUCGGACAGAUAGGCUUCUUUCGGCAUAAGGACGUAAAAACAGUAGCGGUGGAGAAGAAGAUCAAUGAGAUCGUCAAUCGGCUGGAGAAGACGAAAGACGAGAGGUACCCAGACCUGGCGGCCGAGAAAGAGUCCCGAGAUCGAGAGGAGAGAAACGAGAAGAAGGCCCAGAUUCAGGACGUAAAGAAGAAGGAGAAAGAAGAGAUGAAGAAAAAGAAGGAGGCGGAGGACUUGAGGAAUUACACGACCCUUAUGCGGAGUGAGAACAUGACCACGAAUGAGGACGGAAACGAUUCAGACGAUUUCAUGUAGGAGUGAGCCACUCCGGGUGGAGUUUGGGCUAACAGGGAGCGCUCGGGACCGCGCGUCUUUUCCAUAACACCGUAACCUUGACCACUGCUGCCUUGUGCCCACCUCACACCUCACAGGGUGUUUGUUUGCAGGCUGACAUUUUUGGAAUCGUGAACGGCUGUUCCAGAUGAAUCUGGUCACAACGUCAAACAAACAAACAAACGAACGAAGCAGCUGUGCCAACGAAGGACAAAACGCGAUUUGCAGUCUUUGCUCAAGCAUCUUAUCUUUGUAUGGGACACGGAAAUUAAAUUAAUUGAGGAACAAAAUGCAAACAGCAGCAAUAACCACGUUAUUCCUGUUUCCCCUACUUGCCUAAACUGACUGAGAAUACCUGUGAUGUUCUGAGGUCUUUGCAAGAGAUAAAAAAGAAAGAACGAAAGAAAGAAAACAUGCUUUGUUCUGGACGUUUUUUGGCCAUAGCUCACUAAGAUGUCAAUCUAAUGCUGCAUGCAUGCAAGCCUCAAUUAUGUACAGGGCAAGUUGUGUUGCUAUGGUGACGGCUCGGUCGCCUUGGCGAUGUGUAAACAGGAAGCGUUAUGUACCAUGAAUGCUGCUGUACAGUACUGAGAGCUGAUGAAGUCACCCCGUGUUGUAAAUGUUCAGUCCAGGAUCUGAUUGGUUGUCGUCAGUAGUGGUGGAGGAGGAUGACAAUGUCUGAAUCAAUAAAGCUUUACCACCUUUUUCGCUUA